UCAUAGGAUAAUGCAAGCCCGAAAUUCCAAAUCCCGACAGAAGCUCCCUUCUGGCCCGGAACAGAGGGAAGAUUCAGACAAAUUCUUGGAAAAAAGACAAAGACGCUCGUUUACUAGGAUUCCAUAAAUAUUCCGAUUGAAAAAAUGGCAGGAUACUCAACGCUCAAGCACGAGCCCCAAACUUUCUUUCCCACCGAGAAGAUUUUCUUCCUUGUCUGUUGCUUCUUUCUUUCUUCUUCUAAAUUGGGAUUCUAUUCAUGGUGUGCAUCGUCUAUGGGUUCUGAAAGGAAGAAAAAGACUGCCGUGAACCCAGAAAGGGAAUCCCAUUUUGUUGCGCGACGUCAAUCCGGCGGCCAAACUUCCAGCGAAGACAGAGAACUGCUCCUUCCAAGUUUGCCGGUGGGUCAAUUUCACCGGAAAGAUCAGAUUUUUGAGCAGAAUCCAAUGGAAAAGCUAGAAGGAACCUGCUCCGACAAGGAGGGCAGGCAAGAUUAUACACGAGAUGGGACUUUGAGCCUCCGUGGGAAGCCUGUGUUGAGAUCAAGGACCGGGGGAUGGAAAGCUUGUUCCUUUUUUCUUGGGUAUGAAGUGUUUGAGAGGAUGGCGUUUUAUGGGAUAGCAUCAAAUUUGGUGGUCUAUUUAUCAGUGAAGCUUCAUGAAGGCACAGUGAAGUCUUCCAACAAUGUCACCACCUGGACUGGCUCUGUGUGGAUGUUCCCCAUUCUCGGAGGUUACAUCGCGGAUGCUCACUUGGGUCGAUACUGGACCUUUGUCAUUGCAGCAGCCCUCUACCUUCUGGGAAUGUCCCUCUUAACCUUGGCAGUUUCAGUGCCUGGACUCAGACCCCCAUCCUGUGGGAAUGGAAUCAACGAAACACAAUGUGAACAAAGCGUCUCGAGUUUCCAAAAGGGGAUUUUCUAUUUCGCAUUGUACACGGUUGCACUUGGAGCUGGUGGAACAAAACCAAAUAUAUCCACAAUGGGUGCAGACCAGUUUGAUGAUUCUGAUCCCAAGGAAAGGCAUUACAAGAUAUCAUUCUUUAACUGGUGGUUUUUCGGCAGCUUCUUUGGCGCCCUCAUUUCCAACAGCCUCUUGAUCUACGUACAAGACAAUGUUGGUUGGACCCUAGGCUACGGUCUGCCAACACUUGGCCUUGCUGUUUCCAUCUCUUUGUUCCUUAUAGGAACACGGUUUUAUAGGCACAAAUCGAUUGCUGGGAGUCCAAUCACUAAAAUGUCGCAAGUUAUUGUUGCUGCUGUGAGGAAAUGGAGAAUACCUGUUCCUGAUGAUCCGAAACAGCUUUAUGAGUUCGCGCCCGAAUCUCACUAUUACAGACUUGAUCAUACAGCCACUUCAUUAAGAUUCCUUGAUAAAGCUGCUGUUAUGACGGGAUCAAGCUCUCCAUGGAUGCUCUGUCCAGUGACUCAAGUUGAAGAAACGAAGCAAAUGAUCAAGAUGCUCCCGGUUAUGGCAAUCACUAUAAUACCCAAUACCAUAAUAGCCCAAAUGAACACAUUAUUCAUCAAGCAAGGCACCACUCUCAACAGAAGCGUGGGGCCUGAUUUUGAGAUCCCUCCAGCAUGUCUAUCAGCAUUUGUCACCAUUUUCAUGCUGGUAAGCCUCAUCACUUAUGAUCGCUGGUUCGUGCCAUGGCUUGAACAGUACACAAAGAACCCCCGGGGGAUCACUUUGCUAAAAAGAAUGGCGAUUGGCUUUGUGUUGCACCUCGUCAUCAUGGUCACAGCCUGUCUGGUUGAACGAAAAAGGCUUAGUGUUGCCAGAGAACACCACAAACUGGGUCAACACGACCAAGUGCCUCUCAGCAUCUUUAUCCUGUUGCCCCAGUUUGCUCUGGUAGGGGUUGCUGAUUGUUUCCUUGAACCUGCAAAGCUCGAGUUCUUCUAUGACCAAGCACCAGAAGGAAUGAAGAGCCUGGGCGCCACGUACUUCUCGACCGGCCUUGGGCUUGGGCAGUUCUUUAGCAGUUUCCUUCUGGCAACAGUUUCUGAUAUCACCAAGAAGGCUGGCCACAGUGGGUGGAUUCUGGAUAAUCUGAAUAUCUCUCAUCUCGAUUACUACUACGCAUUCUUGGGUCUUCUGGGGCUCCUCAACUUCCUUGUAUUUCUGGUGGUGGCUAAAUUUUUCGUUUACAAUGUGGAUGUGAACUCCACAGGGAGCGGAAAAUUAGACGUGGUAGCUCUGCCAGGCCAAACCACCAGCUAA